CAGUUUUCUAUCUUCUUUAGAUAUUAAUUUUUCCUUAUUUAGUGUUUUCUGUUGAACUUACUUACUGCACAGUUAAACAAUUAUCUCCACCUAAGAAUACAGAAACACUUACUGAAAUAUGCUCUGAGGACAGAAACUAAAUCCAAAUAGACACAUCAGCUGCCUAUAGACUAAACUCCCACAACAUUUUGCUGAAGUGCUAGGUAUCCUUAGUGGGAUUUUUCUAGGUGUUCUCUCUAAACACUGGAGUUUUGCUUCUUUGCACAUCCAGAAAAAAUACAUAAGACCAGCAGAAAAUAUCUGCAUCUAAUUCUCUAUAUAAAUGGAGGAUUUCAGCCUUAAAGGGGAUGAUUCAGUACUACAUUUUCUCAAACCCCUGAUGCCAAGUUUUCUGGGGAGUAGAGUAGAAAAGGAAGUAAAUAUGUAAAAAGACAACACAUUUCAGUGAACUCCUGUCAGAAUUACUGGGCAUGGGAACACUUUUUGAUGAGACUGGAUACAAUGAGUUCUAUUGAAGAAUGUUCUCAUGAUAGAACACAUUUCUCAUAACAUAUUUUUAUUAAACUGAUUAGUGGGGUAUGUGAUCCCUGCGUGGGAUUGCUUUGUUACUUUUACUUUGAGCACAGCUUCAGAUUUAUCCUAACAGUACUGGGACAGCAAAGAAACACAGAGAAGCUCUUCCUUGCUUUUCCCUUGUGUGCAGUUACUGAUGGCUGGCAGGCAAGACAAUAUGAUCCUACACUCAUAAGAUUUAGGGAAGGAAAUAGGUAAAUUAAUUUCUAGGUUAAACUAAUCUCCCACAUACUGUAGUGUAAAUGCUGUCUGUGGAAGCCUUAGAUGGGCUAUAUAUUCAGUUCUACUGGAUAGUCCAAAAGGACUGGGAUGGCUACUUGGGAGGUGUCAAUGUCCUCUGUAAAAGAUCAGUGUGGGAAUGGGUGGUUUUAGCUUCACUGAGAAACAACUCCAGCAUUCUAACCAUACUGCAUAAGCAAAGCACAAUCACAGAUACUACUGUGUUCCUAACUGAAGAGUAAGAGGGAAGGUGUAUGCCAGACUUUCUCAUCACAAUGAAGACUGUCCCCAGAAUAACAAAAUGGGUGUGAACAAAAGACAUGAGAACACCUACUGAUAUUGAAAAAAAAUCAGUUCAGGAUACUGCCAGUACCAGGUAGUUAAUUGGAGUACUAUGGGAACAUUAAACCCAGUCCUGCCUAAUAAAAUAACUCAGCCUACUCUGUGACAGUGUCUAAUGUACUGAGAUAAUAUAACUCUUUAAAUCAGCUGAAUCCUGUUUGAUAGGGAAUGAUGUGUGAAAGAAAUUUUGUCUGGGAUAAUUUAUAGGUACUCUAAAUGACUGAAAUAAAAAGGUCUCCACAUGCUGCACAGUGCCUGGUCACCUGGAGACUGAUUUAUCCUUGUAUGAUUGAAGUCCAGCAGCCCUACUAUGAUAGCAUAUGCUAGCCUGAAGUAUGGAAGUGUCUAUCCUAACUGUGUUUGGAUAGAUUCAAAGAUCAAAUGAUGUCCUAUUGUACAUCUUGCUUCUGUUCUGGCACUGGAACAUGUUUUUCUAGAGAUCUGAAGUCAAUAAAAUGGUGCUUGCAUCAGUAGUUUGCAAUCUGAAGCCAAACACGUUAUUUUAGCAGGUGCAAAAAGGCAUGAGAAUGUAUGCAGGUGCAUGUCAGUCAAGAACUCCCUGUUCUGGAGAGUCCAGUCGGAUUCAAGGCAAUCUGUUCUGAUUUGUUCUGGAUCUGUCAGAACAGAAUUUCCAUCAGAAAUUUGUUCUGAUAGGUAAAUGCUAAAAUAGUAAUGAAGUCCCAACUUCACCCUCGAACCUCUUCAGGAUUCGACGGCCAUGAGAUGUGAUUUGUAUAUCAGGAGUGCAUCAGGAGCACAGGGAUCUUCUGAAUGGGAAACUGAAUUCAAAACUCAUUCCUCCCUACUGGAAACAGUUACUGUGGUAACAUAAAGAUGGGUACUCUGUGCUGUGAAAUGACCAAAUAUUCCCUCACUUUGAGUAAUAACUGAGUUUGUCAUCAGCCAUAUAGAUCGUUUAGUUUGUAGUAGUACAAAGGGUAAUAAUAAAAAUCUAAAUCAUUAUUUAAUUUACAAUACAUUUUUUCCUCAGAGACUUUAUUAUGCAGGAUCAAAGAAAAAAACACUUAUGUAAAUAAUCUUAUUUAGAUAACAUGUUUUUUUUUUGUUUUGUUUUGUUUUGUUUUUUUUCUUUUAUACCAUAAUCAUUACUGUUUCAAAUUCAUUUUUUGUUCAACUUCUUUACUUUCUUCAUAUUUCUUUCAGGCUUUUUAUGUAGCCCCUCUGAUUUAUGUACAGAUAUAUGCAACAAUGAUUUAGGUUGCAAAUUACAAGAUUUCUAAAGAACAGAGGAGUGAAAUUAUAUAACACAUUGUUGCUGUAGAGGAAUUGGAAGUAUAAGUUGUUAAUAAGUUCAAUUUACACUGAGCAUUUUAUGGAUAGCCAAUAUGGUUGCUAAUAGAGAUCCAGUCUCAAGUACUUGAGAGAUGCUUCCAAGUUUCAUACUACUAACUCUAUGUGUAUAAAAUAAAAUGUUAAUCUAGAUGCUGGGAAAUAAUAAAGAUUUUACAAGUUUUUUUGUUAUCUCAUUCUACAGAACACACUGCAGUUAGUUAUAAAUGUGUAACCUCCAGCUGCAUUUUCUCACAGUUUUUUCUCUCUUUCAAACACUGAUAAGCAGCAAAUGAGGAAAAACCACAGGACUACAUAGUUCUGCAGUUAUCUUCCAAAGCAGUACAACUGGGAUACAUAAAAAUAAUGAAAAGCCAAUUAAUCGGAUUUCUUAUGAGCUUCUGGAUUUCUUUUUCACUUGCUUUGUAUUUUCAUAGUGGAGAAAGAGAAGAGAAAUGUGUAAUUGAAGAUAUUCCCAGCGACACAUUGGUAACUGGGAAUUACAAAGUACAGAAGUGGGAUAUACAUAUACGAGACUUUCUUGACUCUGCUCCUGGUUUAGGAAUGUUUGUGACUGUUACAAGUCCUACUUCAGAGGUAAUUCUGAAAAAACUUUAUGGGCCAACAGCAACAUUUUCAUUUACAUCCUAUCUAUCUGGGGAGCAUGUUAUCUGUUUACAAUCAAACUCAACAAAACUCGUGGCAUUUGCAGGAAGUAAACUGCGUAUCCAUUUGGACAUUAGAAUUGGAGAACAUUUUCUAGAUGAAGCUGCUGUUCAAGCCAAAGACAAAGUGAAUGAAGUUCAGGUUAGAGUAGAACAUCUUCUUGAGCAAAUUCAUCACAUAUCCAGAGAACAAAACUAUGAAAGGGAACGUGAAGAAAAAUUUCGGAAGACAAGUGAACAAACCAACAGCAAUAUUUUGUGGUGGGCUGUUGUACAGACAAUAAUUCUUGUCUCCAUUGGAAUCUGGCAGAUCAAAUCUCUCAGAGACUUCUUUAUUGCUAAGAAGCUUGUUUAAGUCUUACGAAGAUUCAAAAUUUCCUUGCUACCUAACGCCUAAAAUCCCAAUAAACCCUGUUAUCUAUGAGAAAAUACACUAAAAAACUCUAAGCUUGACUCAACUUCUACUACAGUUCUUACUAUAACUCUCUUUUCCCCAUUUACUUGUGCCUGGCCUUUCCCUACAUUUUAAUCCUUGAAUCCCAUAGACUAAAUUAUAGGUUUCUUGGAAAACACUGAAUUUUUGCCUAUACAUUUUCUUCUAAGGUUUCCUUACACUAAAUUCUUCAGUCUGAUGCUGUAUUGAUGUUUGUUAAAUGUUGAUUACUCAGUAACUGUAACAUGACUGUCUAAUGAACUCGGUGGUAUUACCAUUUCACUUCUGACAGUUCAGUUGAAUAUUUCUGUUUGCUUCAGUUCAGCUUGUUUCUGUACAACCACCUGAGUAACUCCAGUAUCAUGCAGCCAUGAGUCAAAAGCUGUGGUUUAAAAUUCAAAUCAUUAGCUUCACAAAGCAGCAUUAGUGUAAGAACAGGAUAAGAUAGCAUGAUCCACCUCCCCACCUGGUUAAUGUGUAAAGAGACAAUCUUUAAGAAGGCUUUCUGCAGAGCACUCUGAGAGAAGGGAGCUGCAUUUUGUCUUCCUGCUCUUUUUCAAUUCCUUUUCUAGUCAAAAAGCUGCAAGCUGAGAUACCUCUUGAGAAAUUACUGCUCUAAAGGCAGUGCCUUCUUUCUUUUUCCUAUAUUCCUUCUCACCUUUUGUUUUCAUUAGCAAGGAAUGACCUUGUCCUUUAAGUAGGUUUACUUUCAUAGUAUGAAACUGCAUGUGAGAAUCUCUAUAGUUACAAAUUAGAGGCAAAAAACAAUGCUCUAAAGAAAAAAACAAUUAAAAUAAAAUCUUAUAAUAAAAUCUUUAUAAAAUCUUA